UGAAGGUGUAAUACUGACGAAGAGGUGGUGUUGGGGGUCAGCAAGAGUAGGAAGAGGAGUGCAAGUUAGCGCCACUGUUCACCUCCCACUGAAACCAAUUAGCGGGACUAUUUUUAAGACUCGUUGUGACUCGGGAGAGAAGGACAGGGAAAGGACAACGGGAUUCUUGUGUUUUCUAAAGUGGUGAGAAGUUACUUAAGUGUUCGUGAUUUAUUUUUUUGUAAGUGUUAAGAGAAAAGUUUGAUAAAGUGCAUUAUUGAGGUUCCUUUUCUGUGUGUGUGUGAGAGAGAGAUUGACGGUGUUCAUUGUGUUGUGUAAGGAAGCCUUAUCUGCCUCGAUAUGAUGCUGUCUUAGUUGUUAUAAAGCUUUUGGAAGCCUUCUGUUGAGUGAAACUUCUUGGAACUUGGUGAUCGUCAUAUAGUGAACUGUCUGGACAUAGGAAAUAGCGAAUGUACCUUUUAUAAAGCAUCUAAAGCAGCUUAAAAACAACGCGUGAAGCUCAUUCUCUCUCUAUUAAUCUCUUAAAUUCAAAAGACAAAAAAGUUACUUGGAAUUUCAAAGCCUGUGAAUUUUUGCGUAACCUUGAAGAACUGGCCUGAUUUGCUUGACCCUUCAUGGCUUCUGGUGACCUGCGCUUGUGAGCUUCCCAGCAGUAGAAAUUCUAUACCCUCUCUUCACUUCAACUUGGUGACCUGAUCUGAGAGUCUCUGCCUCCUGGUGACUCAAACUCUGUGAACACCUCUGAGUCACCGGAUACUUCCUUCAACUCCUCGUAGGAAUGUGUAGAUCGUCCUUGAUGCUCCGGUUAAGACCUGAUAAUCUCCCUUGUGAAAUCUCUUGAAUCUCCUUAGAGACCCUUAAUCUCUCCCCUCUCGUGUGUGUCUCUCUCUCUCCUGCCGACGGUCUCAUUAUGGUGUGUGAGAUGAUGCUCAUGACUGUGUAUGAUAAUAUUGUUCUGAUGGUGGACUCCGACUGUCAGCUCACGGUACACGAUAACUCAAGCUACAAGGGAUCUGACCGUGACUCUCCUCCAAGUUCUUGACACGCUCGAGUAUCAUAUCCGCUCACUCCUCCUCGAUCAUUCAAGUUACUGCUCAUGGGGAGUGAUUCACAAGCAUCUAUGUGACAAAGAGUGUAAAGAGAAUAAUAACCUAAGGCUGAUCGUGUAAUGAAAUGUGGUGAGACAAACCUUGAUGACGGUGUUGGUGAAUCAGUGAAGCAAAUCAAGAAACACAAUAAUAUUAGUUCCUUCAGAUACCACGUGAUGUUCUUCUCGUUCGUACGAUAAGUCUGAGAGCGCCAGUAAUGUAUUGUACUCAGUAGAUCAGUAUACACAGUGUUAUCUUAGGCCUCGGCAGUGUUUUAUAUACCCAAGCGAUUUUUGCAGUCAUGAAGCUAGUCCGUUUUGGGCCUCGUGAACCACAAGAAGCAGAAGUCAACAGCGUUUGAUCUGUUGACUCACACCACCCACCACCCAUCUCUCAUACCUCUUGGAGCUCCCCGCCCACCCGUGACCGGCCAUGUGGGCGUCGCGGGCGUUAGUGGGCGUGGGCUGGGCCAUAGUCCUAACAUGUGUCUUGGCCAUCACGGACACCAUACCCGACCAGGAAGUGUCGGUGACGGUGGAUGGCGUGGAGGGUGAAAGCGCCUCUGUUCCCUGUGACCUCUUCCCUACUGACCCCAAGGACAAGGUCAACCUCAUCCUCUGGUACAAGGACGAGGCCAAGGACCCCAUAUACAGUUACGACGCCCGCCGAGCCGUCUUCCCCAGCGAGCGACACCACCUGAAGGACAUUGGUCUCAAGGGACGCAUCGUGUUCACCCCUUCGCCAGGAGAACCCAUCCCCCACACUCUCACCAUCAGCAGGCUGUCAGGUAGUGAUGCUGGUCGGUACGCCUGCCGAGUGGACUUCAUGAGAGCCCAGUCCACCACCAAGGCGGCCAGACUGAGAGUAGUGGCACCUGUGGAUUCUCUCUCCAUCACCGACUCUGACAGUCACCCAGUGCCACCCGUGUUGUCACCCAUACCUGAAGGUGGCACUCUCAACAUCACCUGUACUGCCAGAGGGGGUCGUCCUCAGCCUAAGGUAUCGUGGUGGUUUAGGCAGUGA